ACCGUUAUUUCUAAAAUUAUCAAUUUCAUAUGAAAAAUUCGUAUUGCAAUAUUAAAAUAUAUAUGGACGUCUAAUUUAAAACAUAACCUUAAAGGAUAACCUGUUUACAAAUGUGAUCAGUGGCAAUGAAUUAAAUUGUGUUAUUAUUUAUAACAUGGCAAAUAAAAAUCCAAACGAAGUAGUAUUGAGCUAUCAAGAUUGUCUACUUCGUAAUUCUGAUGUAGAUUUACUGAAAGGUCAACAUUGGCUCAAUGAUGUUAUUAUUGGAUUUUACCUUGAAUAUUUAGAUAAUCAUCUAAAUAUCCCAAAUAAAAACGAAAUACUCUAUAUUAGUCCGGAAUUAACUCAACUAUUGAAAAUGACAGAUCCAUCGCAGUACGAUAUAUUUUUAAAACCCAUCGAAGCUCGUAUUAAGAAAUUUAUUUUUUUCCCGUUAAAUAAUAUGAAUAGAAAAGAUGUUGCUGGUGGCUCGCAUUGGAGCUUAUUAGUAUAUUCUAAGCCAGAAGAAACUUAUUUUCAUUUCGAUUCUUGUCAAGGUACCAAUGGAUCGAUAGCUUCAAUCUUUACCAAUAACCUCAUGUUGUAUUUUCAUUGUAACAAUGAUAAAAAAUUCAUUGAAGUGAAUUGUCCGCAACAAGAUAAUGGAUACGAUUGUGGAUUAUAUGUUUUAUGUUUCACAGACAUAAUUUCUUGUCAUGCUUUAAAAAAUGGUAAAGUAAGAGAUUGUAAAUUAAAUAACGUUAAUUCCUAUGUUAAGUCUAAACGGAUAGAGCUGUUAUGUUUGAUUGACGAAGCAAAGAAAAAAUAAAAUUACAAACGUGUUAAGCUUAAUGCAUACUAUACGUAUAAACGAUUAUAUUCUUCCAUUUAAAUUUAAUAUAUAUAAGAAAUUAUAUAACAUUUUAUAAAAAAAAAUAUUGAUGUAUCUACUGUUAUAAAAUUAUAAAUUUUU